UUCUUUGUCUCCCCUUUUUUUAUACCAAUGAAGGAAUUUUAUUGACCCUCAUCCAAACAAAAAACAAAAAACAAGCGGUUUUUGUAAACACUUAAGAACCAUCCAAAUUAAGCACAAGCAAAUAAACAAGGAAACAUCAUUGUACGUAUUGGAUUCUCUUCAUCGGUUCCCUUCCCUUUCCCUUCACUAACCAAAAACACGCUCCUCUCAAAAUUAUAAGUACUCCAUUUUCAAAUUGAGAUGAGUUUGAGUAUGAGGUACUGCUGCAGCAGUUACGGUCUUCCACCACUUCAAUCUUGCAAAAUCCCGAGUCAUACCCAUCAUGACAGCCAUAUUAUUCCCACCAACACGCUCACAGAACCUACUCAACAUGAAAAUUCUCUUCGCCCCAACUCAAAGAUUAAUACCAAUACUGUUAUCACAUUCAUUGCUGGAAUUACAGCCGCACAAUUGGUUGCUCCAGUCACCGCGAAAGCUGAAAUGGCUGGUUCUGUGUUUGCUUUAGCUGAGGGAACCCUUGGUGACUGGUUUGGAGGCAUUCUAUUUUCAGCGGGACAACAGGCCAACGAAGCAGUUUUGGACCAACUAUCGUCCCUAAGUUUCACUAGUUUGGCUGUAAUUUAUGGGGCAGGGCUUGUAACUAGCCUUUCUCCCUGUACACUUAGUGUCUUACCGCUCACUCUCGGUUACAUUGGGGCAUUUGGCUCUGGUAAAAGUAGAGGACAGGUUAUUGGAGAUUCCGUUGCAUUUUCAUUGGGUCUUGCGACCACAUUAGCGCUACUGGGUGUAGGAGCAUCAUUUGCAGGAAAGGCUUAUGGACAGAUUGGCCAAGGAUUACCUUUGGGUGCUUCUGGUUUGGCUGUAAUUAUGGGUCUGAACCUUCUUGAGAUCAUUGAAUUACAGCUCCCCUCAUUCUUCGAUAGUUUUGAUCCACGUUCAGUGGCUGCCAAUUUUCCAUCAAGUGUGCAAGCAUAUUUGGCUGGGCUUACAUUUGCAUUAGCUGCCUCACCAUGCAGUACACCUGUUCUGGCUACCCUUCUGGGAUAUGUCGCUGCAUCCAAGAAUCCAGUGAUUGGAGGCAGCUUGCUUCUGACAUACACAACAGGAUACAUUUCUCCCUUACUUUUGGCUGCUUCUUUUGCUGGGGCCUUACAGAGUUUGCUUUCAUUUCGCAAGUACUCAGCAUGGAUCAAUCCUGUAAGGUGUGCAAUUUAUGACUGCACCUCUUUGACUCUCAUUGGCAAGCUGUCAAACACAUCGUGAGGUGCUCCACUCGGGGGGUGUUUUUCUUGGCAAGACCCUCAUAUAUCUGUGAGGGGAAAACAACCUGUCAUUUCUCUCUCUAGUAUUGAAGUUGAGUAUUGAAGUUUGACCUAGUUACCUCUUAACCACUUUGGAUUCAGUCCCUACUUCAAGAACUAGGCAUCUCCUACUCACCUUCCACCAUCUAUUGUGAUAAUAUGAUCAUAAUUUCCCUUAACUCACAAUCUUAUUCUUCAUGCUCGAACAAACCACAUGAAGUUGGACAUGUUUUUUGUUAGAGAAUAUGUGCUCAGCAAGCAGCUCCAAGUGUUACAUAUCCCAUGUCAUCAUCAGUGUAUUGUGUUGAUGUUAUGAUCAAAGUUCUUUCUCUCACAAAGUUUGAAGAAUUUAGAACCAAACUCACUGUGUGCGAUUCUUGUCUAUCCCUUUGAUUUAAUUUGCAAGGGUAUUAAAGGAACUAA